UGUGUGUGAUGCCGGAACUAAAAUUUCGGCGUCAUUCUAAACGAGCCCGUUUAGUGUGUGGACGGUAGCGUCCAAGACCAGCCAGAAUGCUUUGUUUGCUAUAGCUCAGCUGACAUUUUUACAUCGUGCCCGGUACUACUUUUUCAUUUUGAUUAGGUUCGUUUUAGACCGUGAGAUGGACCACAAUCCACAGACUAAAGCCGGCAUGGACCGGCCCGACCUGGUUUCCGAGGAUGGAAAGAACAGCAAGUCUGUCCUGUGUCAACGAUGCGGAUCCAAAGUGCUGUCCCCGGGAAUGGCUGUGUUCGCAGAGAAAGAGCUUAUACUACCAUCCAUGCGUAAAAAGAGCAGCCUCAGUGCCACAGAGGGAUCAGUGGACAGGGACACACUGACCUCCCACUGGUUAGUGGGGGAUAUGUUCGAUUUUGAGAACGUGGGCUUCACUAACGAUGUGGGGAGAAUUAAGUAUCUCAUCUGCGCAGACUGUGAGAUUGGACCCAUCGGCUGGCACUGUUUGGAUGACAAGAUAGGUUACUAUGUUGCGAUAGACAGAGUGAACCAUGUCUAGUUUUAAAGCAUAAUGAAACAGAAGAAAUUGUCAAAGUAAAUACACUGUACAGUGGACCCCGCAUUGAAUGGCGUUUUUUUUGUUUUUUGGGGGGGUGUUUUCCCCCAAAGAAUUUUCCAUUUAUUUCAAAAAAAAAAUUCUAAUUCUUUUUGGUUUUUUUGAGGGGGGGGGGGGCAAUUUAAAAAAAAACGCUGACUGGCCGUGAAAAGCGCGGGUCCACUGUAGGUGCUUGCUGGAUUUUUAUGGAUUUACUGUCAGUGCUAACCCUUAAAAACACACAUUGAGUUCAUACUGUAGAUGUCACUACUGUUCUUAUUUCUCACACAGAGAACUGUAUCAUGAUUGUGCUCUAAUAAAAAUAUUAAACUUU